AUGUCCAUCAUGAACUCCUUCGUCAACGACAUCUUCGAGCGCAUUUCCGCCGAAGCCAGUCGCCUGGCCCACUACAACAAGCGUAGCACCAUCACCUCCAGGGAGAUUCAGACAGCUGUCCGUCUCCUCCUGCCCGGUGAGCUGGCCAAGCACGCAGUCAGUGAAGGUACCAAGGCAGUCACCAAGUACACCACCUCGAAAUAA